GUGCUCCUCCGAUUCCGAGGCGAAACCUCGGUGAGCAGCUCCGUUCCUCGGCCCACGUGGCGGCCCCAGAUGGGGCGAUGACACGGUAAAAAGUUCUGCCUCUUCCUCAAAUAAGCCGCUCCAUCUCUUCUCCGUUUCUCCAUUCUCUCAUCCCCUGCUUCUGGCCUCCCCUAUUCUGUUCUUCUCUCUCGUCUCUCUCUCUCUCUCUCUCUCUCUCUUAUCGUUCUACCCUGCUUCUUCUUCCUUGUUUCUUCCAUCGGAUUUGUUCGCGGAUCGAGUCUGUCUCUAAUCUGGUGGUGGAAAAUGACGGACACUACGGACGACAUUGCGGAGGAGAUCUCCUUCCAGUCCUUGGAUGACGAUUGCCGGCUUCUCGGAAGCCUUCUCAACGACGUGCUCCACCGAGAGCUUGGCUCCCAGUUCAUGGAGAACGUCGAAAGAAAGAGGAUCCUUGCUCAGAGUGCUGUUAAUAUGAGGGCGGCGGGGAUGGAGGAGACGGCGGAGUUCCUCGAGAAACAGCUGGCGACAGAGAUAUCGGAGAUGACUCUCGAGGAAGCCUUGUCGCUGGCCCGGGCUUUCAGUCAUUACCUCAACCUCAUGGGCAUUGCAGAGACCCAUCACAGGGUUCGCAAGGCGCGCAAUGUUGAUCAUUUAUUAAAAUCUUGUGAUGAUAUUUUCAAUAAGUUGAGACAUAGUGGAGUUCCUCCAGAAGAGCUCUAUGAGACUGUUUGCAAGCAGGAGGUUGAAAUUGUUCUAACAGCACAUCCUACUCAAAUAAACAGGCGUACCUUGCAAUAUAAACACAUUAGAAUAGCGGUAAGCACCCUCCACAUUUUUUUUGAUGCAUUCUGUUACAUAAUUAGCCUACACAUUGUGGAGCAAUCACUUUGGAAAGCUGUACCUCAUUAUUUACGUCGUGUCAGCACUGCUCUGAAAAAGCACACUGGUAAGCCGCUACCUCUAACCUCUACACCAAUUAAAUUUGGCUCAUGGAUGGGUGGUGAUCGAGAUGGAAAUCCAAAUGUUACAGCAAAAGUCACGAGAGAUGUUUCGCUAUUGUCACGAUGGAUGGCAGUUGAUCUUUACAUUCGAGAAGUUGACAAUCUCAGAUUUGAACUAUCUAUGAACAGAUGUAGUGAUAAGCUGGCAAGCCUAGCACAUGAGAUCUUACUCAAAGAAUCAGCUGCUGAGGAUCGACACUCUGAAAGCUGGAAUCAACCUAUAAACCAUGCUAAACAUAGCAGUCAGCAAACAUCAGCAUUGCCAGCGCAGCUUCCUGCUGGUGCUUAUUUCCCUUCUUGUACAGAAUGCAAAGAUGGGGAAUCCCAAUACCCCAGAAUAGAAUUUCUGUGCAACCUAAAUCGUCAGAAUGAUCAGAGUUCUCUAGAUUCUGGUCAAAAUAUUUUGAGGCAAACCUCUUCCGACAGCAAUACUAUUCCUGCCCUCAAUCGUCAGUCAUCCAUAACAGGGUCGUCAAAGAUACCUAGGACAAAUUCUACCCAACUUCUUGCUCAGAGGAAACUAUUUGCAGAAUCUCAAGCUGGCAGGUCAAGCUUCCGGAAGCUUCUUGAGCCCAGCUCGCAUCAACAGCCUGGAAUUGCUCCGUACAGAGUUGUUCUUGGGAAUGUCAUGGAUAAGCUUAUGAAGACACGGAGGCGGCUGGAGCUUCUCCUUGAGGAUCUUCCUUGUGAACAUGACCCUAUGGAGUACUAUGAAACUUCAGAUCAACUUCUUGAACCACUUCUCUUAUGUUAUGAAUCCUUGCAAUCAUGUGGUUCUGGUAUACUUGCUGAUGGUCGGUUGGCAGAUCUGAUACGGAGGGUUGCCACUUUUGGUAUGAUAUUAAUGAAGCUUGAUCUGCGUCAGGAGUCUGGCCGGCAUUCUGAAGCAUUGGAUGCCAUUACAAGAUAUUUAGAUAUGGGUGUAUACAGUGAGUGGGAUGAAGAAAGAAAAUUAGAAUUUCUAUCUAGGGAGCUGAAAGGAAAGAGACCUCUGGUUCCCCCAACAAUAGAGGUUGCUGCAGAUGUGAAAGAGGUCCUUGACACUUUCCGGGUAGCUGCUGAACUAGGAAGUGAUUCGCUUGGCGCAUAUGUGAUUUCAAUGGCCUCCAAUGCAAGUGAUGUUCUUGCUGUAGAGCUGCUGCAGAAGGAUGCUAGACUUUCUGUGAGCGGGGAACUAGGAAGACCGUGUCCUGGUGGAACGUUAAGAGUGGUCCCUUUGUUUGAAACCGUGAAAGAUCUGAGAGGAGCAGGCUCAGUGAUAAGGAAGUUGUUAUCAAUUGACUGGUAUCGGGAGCAUAUCAUAAAGAACCAUAACGGGCACCAAGAGGUUAUGGUUGGUUACUCUGAUUCCGGUAAAGAUGCCGGGCGCUUUACAGCAGCAUGGGAACUGUACAAAGCCCAAGAGGAUGUUAUUUCUGCCUGCAAUGAGUAUGGUAUCAAAGUCACACUUUUCCAUGGGCGUGGAGGUAGUAUUGGUCGUGGUGGUGGUCCUACAUAUCUUGCCAUACAAUCUCAGCCUCCUGGUUCUGUAAUGGGAACUCUUCGUUCAACCGAGCAGGGCGAAAUGGUCCAAGCCAAGUUUGGUCUUCCCCAGACAGCAGUAAGGCAGCUUGAGAUCUACACAACGGCUGUUCUUCUGGCAACAAUGCGCCCACCACUUCCCCCUAGAGAAGAGAAGUGGCGCCAUGUCAUGGAGGAGAUCUCCAAGACAAGUUGCCACCACUACCGGAGCACUGUAUAUGACAAUCCUGAUUUUCUGGGCUACUUCCACGAGGCGACCCCUCAGGCUGAGCUGGGCUUCCUCAACAUUGGAAGCAGGCCUACCAGAAGGAAAGCCUCUACUGGUAUUGGGCACUUACGUGCGAUCCCAUGGGUCUUUGCAUGGACUCAAACCCGUUUUGUGCUUCCUGCAUGGCUUGGGGUGGGAGCUGGCCUCAAGGAUGCAUGUGAUAAAGGGUACCAAGAGGACUUGCAAGCCAUGUACAAGGAGUGGCCUUUCUUUCAGUCUACUAUAGAUCUUAUUGAAAUGGUGCUUGCCAAGGCUGACAUUCCCAUAACAAAGCACUAUGAUGAAGUGCUUGUACAAGAGAGCAGAAGGGCCCUUGGUGCAGACCUGAGGAUGGAGUUACUGAAGACGGAAAAGUAUGUGUUGAUUGUCAGUGGUCAUGAGAAACUUUCAGAGAACAAUCGAAGUUUGAGGAGAUUGAUCGAGAGUAGGCUCCCUUUUCUCAAUCCAAUCAACAUGCUACAGGUGGAGAUUUUGAGGAGAUUAAGAUGUGAUGAUGACAACAAUAAACUUAGAGAUGCAUUGCUUAUCACGAUCAAUGGCAUCGCAGCAGGGAUGAGAAACACUGGUUGACAUGAUUGAUAACUCAAAAGUAUUACACAGACCUUUUUCUUGCAGAGAUUUAUUAAAGAUGCAGUGGUGUGACGUUUUCUGUUUCCCUUUUUCUAUUUGGGAUUCUCCAUAUAUAUGUGAAUUACUAAAAUUUCUUGAGGAACUUAAAUGCAAAAAUUAUAUAUUUUAUGAAAUGAUCCAAAUAUCGGAUUGAUGUUA